GUAAUCAAAGAAACAUAGAUACAUAUACUACAAGAACCAAGGAGUGUGAUUUUGAUUUUGGGUCUGAUUUAUAUUACAAAAAUUCAUCAAGAAAAGGUGAAAUGGAAAGUGGGCCAAGCUCAGAAUCAAGAAAUAAAGCAGAAAAACAAAAGGGUCAUAAAAAGAUUGAACCUUUUGUAACACAAGGAGACCACAAUGCUAAAGAUUUAAGAUCUUGGGCUAAAAAAACUGGGUUUGUUUCGAUGUUUUCUAGUGAAGUUGGGAGUUCUAGAAGUAGUGGUGGUCGGAAUGUUGAAAGAACCGGCGGCGGCGGUGGUGGGUCAGUGUUGCCAGAAAUUGAACCGGUUCAGAGAAUGAUGAGAAAUAGUGGGUUUGAGAUUGAACCGGAAGUGAACCGGGUUAGGAAUGAUAAUGAGGCCGACCCUAUUCUGUUGGAAAGAGAGGAAGAUGAGAGAAGGAGUAAAAAGGAUGAAUUUAUUGAUGUGAAAUAUCCUGGUGGAGAUGAAGGAGAAUUUGGUAAUGGAGAGCCAGAAAUGAAAUGUGGGAUUAGAGAUAAUCCUGGUUUUGUACCGCUUCUGUGUUACGGUAUGCAGCAUUACCUUUCGCUUGCCGGCUCAUUGAUUUUGGUUCCUUUGAUAAUUGUCCCAGCUAUGGGUGGAACCGACAAAGACACAGCUACUGUAAUUUCCACAAUAAUGUUAGUUUCGGGCUUAACCACAAUAUUGCAUUCAUACUUUGGGACACGACUACCAUUGGUUCAAGGGAGUUCAUUUGUCUUUUUGGCUCCGGCUUUAGUUAUCAUUAAUUCUCAUGAGUACCGAAAUCUUACUGAAAAUAAAUUUAGACACAUAAUGAGGGAACUACAAGGGGCUAUAAUAGUUAGUUCGAUCAUUCAAUGCAUAUUAGGGUUCAGCGGUUUGAUGUCUUUAUUCCUACGGUUGAUAAAUCCAGUUGUAGUUGCACCUACUGUUGCCGCUGUGGGCUUGGCGUUUUUCAGCUAUGCUUUCCCUCAAGCUGGUAGUUGUGUAGAAAUCAGUCUUCCUCAGCUAUUAUUGGUGCUUAUUUUUUCCCUGCACCUUCGUAGAGUAUCUAUUCUUGGAAAUCGGGUAUUUCAAAUAUAUGCGGUCCCUUUAAGCAUUAUAAUCGUCUGGGUGUAUGCAUUUUUCUUGACAGCUGGCGGAGCAUACAACUUCAAAGGAUGUAGCCCAGACAUACCCGUAUCCAACAUGUUAAUGGAUUCUUGCAUUAAACAUGCAUAUACAAUGAAGCAUUGCAGAACUGAUGCAUCCAAUGCAUGGGAAACUGCUGAUUGGGUUCGAAUACCUUACCCUUUACAAUGGGGUGUCCCCAUUUUCCAUUUGAGAACCUCCAUGAUCAUGAUUGUUGUGUCUUUGGUGGCAUCAGUUAACUCCGUUGGAACAUAUUACUCUGCGUCAAUGUGUAUUAAUGCAAGACCCCCUACACGGGGCAUUGUGAGUAGAGGAAUUGGUUUAGAAGGUUUUUGUAGUGCACUGGCUGGGAUAUGGGGUUCAGGGGCCGGGUCAACAACUUUAACUGAAAAUGCACACACCAUUGCCAUCACAAAGAUAGCGAGUAGACGAGCUGUUGAGCUUGGAGCAGUUAUAUUAAUUGUCUUCUCUUUUAUAGGGAAAGUGGGUGCCAUUCUUGCUUCUAUACCACAAGCGUUGGCUGCUUCAUUAUUGUGCUUUGUGUGGGGCCUAAUUCUGGCAUUAGGACUAUCGACAUUACGAUAUACCCACACAGCAAGCUUCAGAAACAUGAUGAUAGUUGGUGUAUCGCUAUUUUUGGGCUUGUCUCUACCCGCAUACUUUCAACAGUAUCAACCAGAAACUGCCUUGAUUCUGCCUGCUUACUUCAUUCCUUACUCAGCUGCAUCAGAUGGGCCAAUUCAGUCUGGAAAUAGGCAGUUUGAUUUCAUAGUAAAUGCCCUUCUAUCGAUGAAUAUGGUGGUGACACUCUUGGUGGCGAUAGUACUAGACAACACCGUACCUGGAAGUCAACAAGAACGUGGUGUAUACCGUUGGUCAACUUCUGAGGACUUGUCCAUAGACCCAUCUUCUCUUGAUGAUUACUCAUUACCAACUAAAGUGUCUCGAGUUUUCAGGUGGGCAAAGUGCUUAAAUGCAUGAGCUGUUUUAGGGUCAGCUGAUUCAUAAUAGUCCAAGGUCAGCUGAUUCAAAAGGUAAUACAUACCUGUUUUAGGCUAAUUCUUGAGUAGAAGUGAUUACGAUUGAUUGUGUAUCAUGCUACUUCAUAUAUAGAACAUCAAAAAUCUCCAUUAAUCUGUUUUUCAAUUCAAUUAAUGAACACAAUGUAUAGUUACACAUGGUUUAUGACAGAGGAAUGGAUCUUUUGUUGUGCCAA